AAGUAAAGAAAAUGGAAGCUGGGAAACAAAAUUAGGGGGAAAUCUUGAGGAUGAAAUCCGGUCAGAUCUUGCUUUAUGGGAUAUGGAUUUUAGUGGGUCUUAUUUCAACAGGAGGAUCGUUCAUAUCUCUUUCUCCAAACCCCCCACCCCAAUAGAAAAAGCUUCAACCAAACCGAAGAGCACCCAUUCAUCACUAGGCAAACAAGAAAGCUUCUUUCUUCAUUUUUCUUCUUCUUCUUCUUCUUCUUCUUCUUCUUCUUCUUCUUCUUCUUCUCUGCAAUAUGGGCAUGGCAGUUCAGUCUCAGUUUCAUGUGCUGGCUGUUGAUGACAGUCUCAUAGACAGGAAAUUGAUUGAGAGACUCCUCAAAACUUCUUCAUAUCAAGUUACCGCUGUGGAUUCCGGAACUAAGGCUCUAGAAUUUCUGGGUUGGCAUGAGGAUGACCAAAUUCAUCCAACAAAUGAUCACCCUUCACUAAUUCAUCCAAACAAUCAUCAUCAGGAAGUGGAAGUCAAUCUGAUCAUCACAGACUACUGCAUGCCCGGAAUGACCGGAUAUGAUUUGCUCAAGAAGAUUAAGAAUUGUUCAACUCUAAGAAACAUACCAGUCGUGAUCAUGUCAUCAGAGAAUGUCCCUUCGAGAAUAAACAGAUGCUUAGAGGAAGGAGCAGAGGAAUUCUUUCUGAAACCAGUGAGUAAGACGGAUGUGAACAAGCUCAUGUCUCACAUAACCACGGUGAGAAGCAAACAGAGUAAAGAAGAAGACGAAGAAGAAGAGAUACUAGAAUUAGACGAGGAGGAGAAAUCCGAUAUCCAAACACAACAGCUUCAGCAAUGCAAAAGUAACAAGAAGAGGAAAUCCAUGGAAGAAGGGCUUUCACCCGAUAGAACAAGGCCUAGAUUAUUCGACAGUCUAGCCGUUGCCAAUUAAUAAUAAGAACAAUCUUUGGGGAAGAGGAAGAAGUUGAGACUUUCUUGUCGAUGAUUCAUUCUUAGCAGCAGCAGCACCACCUGCAUAUGCAUAGUUUUUUCAGGGGGAGAAAACAAUUUUGUUGAGUUGAGAAAGGUGAUCCAGGAUGGAGAAGCUGGUUUGGGGAUUUGAAUAUGUACAUAGCAAAGAUCUACAUAUAUAUAUAUACUAACACAUAAGUAACAUUUCCAUUGAUCGAACAAUUAAUAUUCAUAAUAUUCAGUAUGAUCAUAAGAGUUUUCUUAUUU